UGUGAAAUCUACUCUGGCUUUAGGGUUUAGGAUUGUUUGGAUUAGUGGCAGUGGUAACAAUUAGUUACAUUAACAGUUGAAACUGUAAAUGAAACUGAAGUACCAAUACCUAAAAUGUAAGUUCUGAUCCUGUGUUUUAAAAGUUGCUAUCUGAGUCAGACAGGCGUGGAGACGCUUCUGGAAGUAACAUCGCAAUGGCUGCCCAAGGAGAACCCCAAGUUCAGUUCAAACUUGUUUUGGGUGGUGAUGGUGGUACUGGAAAAACUACAUUCAUGAAGCGUCAUCUGACUGGUGAAUUUGAGAAGUAUGUAGCUACCUUGGGUGUUGAGGUCCAUCCUCUUGUGUUCCAUACCAACAGAGGACCUAUUAAGUUCAAUGUAUGGGAUACAGCCGGUCAGGAGAAAUUUAGUGGACUGAGAGAUGGCUAUUAUACACAAGCUCAGUGUGCCAUUAUAAUGUUUGACGUAACAUCAAGAUUUACUUACAAGAAUGUGCCUAACUGGGAUAGAGAUCUGGUACGAGUGUGUGAGAACAUCCCAGUUGUGUUGUGUGGCAACAAAGUGGAUAUUAAGGACAGAAAGGUUAAGGCAAAGUCAGUUGUCUUCCACCGAAAGAAGAAUCUUCAGUACUAUGACAUUUCUGCCAAAAGUAGCUACAACUUUGAAAAGCCCUUCCUCUGGCUUACCAGAAAACGGAUUGGAGACCCUAACUUGGAGUUUGUCGCCAUGCCUGCUCCUGCCCCGCCAGAGGUGGUCAUGGACCCAGCCUUGGCAGCAUAGUACAAGCACAAUUUAGAGGUUGCUCAGACAGCUGCUCUCCCGGAUGAAAAUGAUGACCUGUGAGGCUGGGGCCCAGCGUUGGAAGUCUGGUUGUAUAGGCAACUGUCCUGUGAUGUCAGCGGUGCAGCGUGUUUGCCUCUUUAUUACAUAGCUAAGCACAACAUGUGCUUAAUCUUUGGAUGCUGAAGGAGAUGAAUGGGCUUUGGAGUGAAUGUGGAAGUUUAAAAAAGACCUUCAUUUUUUUGGCCUGCAUAUUUAGGUGGUUUGGAACACAGUUGUUUCCUCCUUGAGUUUCAAAUAUAAGACUGCUAUAGUCACAUGACAGUAUUGAGAGGUGGAAGCUUGGUUGUUAACUGUCAUUCCCAUUCCUUUCCAUUUAGAAUGAGAAUAAAGUUGUAUUUCAAAUAUCUAAAAAAAUAAAAGUUACUAUCUUUCUCAUUGGAAUAAAAAUAAAGGCUGA